AUGAUAAUUGACAAUCAAACGGAUAUCUGCCACACAUUUAUUGAGCAAGAAACUGAGCCAACCGUGUCGCACUCCAAAAGUACCUUAAAGUCAGCAAGCAAUUUGUUCUUUGUUGCCAGAUUCUUCCAAAAAGAGCAGACGAAUGAAUGGAAUUGCAAGGCGGUGAUGGAGGGACCAAGACCAACAAUCUCUGAUAAUAUGGCAACUUGGUUCUACAUGUAUCCGAACAUGUCAUCUAGGUUGACACGUUUCAUGUCUUACCUCGUUCUGCUACUCCUUUCUUCCCUGGUCGUUUGUUCCGCUUUCCUGUCAGAGUUCCCCUUGAAAGAUUUUACCAACAACAACUCGCCUGUUUUACCAGACUCACAUCGUCUUCUAGCUAGCUUGUGCUUUGGUCAGGACUGUAAAAAUGACAGUGAAUGUUCAAAUAAGGCUGUUGAAGCAUCACAAAUCAGAUGUGCAUUGACAUUAUUGGAUGCCGAUUUCUUUAAUGAUACCAAGGUGCUGGAGACUGCAAAGGCUGCAAAAGAGUUCAAUAUUCCCAUAAUAAGAGCCAACAGGAAGUUAGUUGCUUCAGUUAAUGGAGGGUUGCUUGAUCCUUCUCCUUUGGUUUUUAACCCACAGUGGAUCAAGGAGCAAUCACAAGGCAAGGCCAGCAGGUUUAAUCAUCCUUCGAAUCUGGGCAUUCAGAGGCCAAUGAAUGAAGAAGAUAUUGCCUUUUUGAGUGUUACUGAACUAGGAGAACUCAUUAAGACAAAACAGAUUACUUCUGAAGAGCUUACAACAAUUUUUCUGAAGCGAUUAAAGAGGUACAAUCCAGUACUUGAAGCUGUGGUUACUUAUACUGAAGAUUUAGCCUACAAGCAAGCAAAAGAAGCUGACGAGUUGCUCUCCAAAGGAGUCUAUUUAGGGCCUCUCCAUGGCGUCCCUUACGGGUUGAAGGAUAUAAUCUCAGUCCCUCAUUACAAGACAACUUGGGGUUCAACAAGUUUCAAAAAUCAAGUGCUUAAUAUUGAAGCCGGGGUAUAUAAGAGGUUAAAAUCUGCAGGGGCAGUUCUUGUUGCAAAGCUUGUUACUGGAUCACUGGCCUUUAAUGACAUCUGGUUUGGCGGUAGGACUAGGAACCCAUGGAGCAUUGAGGAAUUCUCUUCAGGCUCAUCAGCUGGGUCUGCUGCCUGCACCUCUGCUGGUAUGGUUCCAUUUGCAAUUGGUUCAGAAACAGCUGGCUCCAUUACUUACCCUGCUGCUCGGUGUGGUGUGACAGCAUUGCGGCCAACUUUUGGCACGGUUGGGCGAACUGGUGUAAUGAGCAUAUCAGAAAGCUUGGAUAAGCUUGGUCCAUUCUGUAGAAAUGCUAUGGAUUGUGCGGUUAUUCUGGAUUCUAUCAGAGGGAAAGAUCCAGAUGAUUAUUCAUCAAGAGACAUUCUCUUUGAUGACCCAUUCUCAGUUGACAUCACAAAGCUUACAGUUGGUUACCAUGAAGAUGCUGACAAGGAGGUUGUUCAUGUGCUUGAAUCAAAAGGUGUUAAGGUGGUUCCUUUCAAACUAAAUUACACGGUAGACUCUGUUCAAGGUAUCCUAAAUUUCACGAUGGAUGUUGACAUGUUAGCCCAUUUUGAUGAAUGGCAACGCUCUGGGGAAGAUGAUGAUUAUGAAGCUCAAAAUCAAUGGCCUCUUGAGUUACGUCGUGCACGUGUAGUUCCAGCUGUAGACUAUGUGCAGGCACAAAGAGCUAGGGGAAAGUUAAUCCGGGAGGUGAAAGAAAGUUUUACUGUUGAUGCAUUCAUUGGAAAUGCAACAGAUUGGGAGCGAGUUUGCAUGGGAAAUCUUGUAGGUUUGCCUGUAAUUAUUGUUCCAACUGGGUUCAAGAACACAUCUAAUCCACCCUCGAAUGCUACUCUAAGAAAAACCACAGUCAGCACUGGCAUUUUUGCUCCUCCUGACCAUGAUCACAUUGCAUUGGCUUUAGCAAUGGCUUACCAGUCUGUCACAGAUCACCAUAAGCAGCGCCCUCCAAUCGAUGAUCUUGGACCAAAUGACACAAUCCCGAAUCCGCCUACAGUUCACAUCAUGCUGAGCUUUAGUGAUUAA